AUGUUUGGUUUACGCCGCGAGUUUCGUCCUCCUUUGACAAGGCUCAUCCUAAAGACAGUAUUAUAUGGGUCCUGGGUACUUGGAUUGUUCCCCUUCAUCUUUAACUCCAGAAAAUGUCAACUGAGGCGCUCUCGAUGGCUUCUUUUUUAUGGCGGAAUUAUGAACUAUUUCCUUCUGUUUUUCAUGGUAUUUCUCGGGUUUCAGUAUCAGAAAGAACACAAACUAGAGGCCUUCGAACGAAAUCCUGUGCUGGAGAACAUAAACAUUCUAAUUGCUGUGAUAAGCAUGUUUUCAGCCCUUGUGAUACAUUUUAUGAAUUUUUGGGGAAGCAAGAAGGUAGAGAAAAUCGUCAACGAACUGUUAACCCUGGAGUAUCGAGACUUUAAGGGUCUCAAGCUAACAAAUUGUCCAACAUUUAACUGCUUUGUGAUUCAAAAAUGGGUGACUAUGAUGGGACAUUCUGUUACUUUUCUGAUGGCCAACUACGGAUUACCCGGAAACGAAUCCCAUUUAUAUCUAGUGCUCCUAAGCGGCCUAGUGCAAGUAUCCAACAAUUUUAAUAAAAUUCACUAUUAUGUGGGCAUCCUGUUGGUCUACCGCUAUGUGUGGAUAAUAAACAGACAACUUAAGGACCUGGUGAACCAACUCAUAUUGAAUCCCACAACAGACUCAUCGAGGAUUUGCCAAUUGCUCUCCUUGUACAAUCGCCUUUUGCAGCUAAAUAAAAAAUUGGUGUCCACUUACGAAUUCCACAUGAUACUGAUGCUUACAGCUUGGUUAGCUGGCAAUAUUGUGGUCGUCUACUUCUCAAUAGUCUAUGGAAUUAGUAUGCAUAAAGUUUCGAUCUUUUUGAUAGUCUUCCCGCAAACGAUGCUCGUAAAUAUUUGGGAUUUUUGGUUGACUGUUUCCGUUUGUGAGCUCACCGAGAAAGCUGGCAGAAAAACCUCAUCACUUCUGAAACGGUUUGCUGAUCUUGAGUAUAGCGAUGAUCAGCUGGAAAAAAGUGUAAAUGAAUUCGCGUGGCUGUGUAGUCAUCGUAAAUUCCAAUUUCAACUGUGUGGACUCUUUCAUGUAAACUACAAAAUGGGAUUCCAAAUGAUCAUAACCAGUAUUCUAUAUUUGCUUUAUUUGGUUCAGUUUGAUUAUAUGAAUUUGUGA